CGUAAACAAGAUGCGUCACAUUGCCGCAAAUUCGAUGGAGUUGAAGUGAAGACGCGAAGUUCGGAUUCUGUUCGUUGACCAGGUCGAUGAAAUUAAAUUAGAACGUGGACAAGUAAAAUGGCUACUCCAAGCAAGACGCCUCCUGGAGCGGAUCCCAAGCAGUUAGAACGAACCGGGACUGUCAGAGAGAUCGGGUCACAGGCGGUGUGGUCUCUCUCCUCAUGCAAACCAGGGUUUGGUGUGGACCAGCUGAGGGAUGACAAUCUGGAUACCUACUGGCAGUCGGAUGGAUCUCAGCCUCACUUGGUGAACAUACAGUUCAGGAGACGAACAACAGUGAAGAUGCUGUGUAUUUAUGCUGACUAUAAAUCAGACGAAAGUUACACACCCAGUAAGAUAUCAGUCAGAGUGGGCAACAACUUCCACAAUCUACAAGAACUUCGGCAAUUGGAGAUGGUGGAGCCCAGCGGAUGGAUUCACAUCUCUCUAGUAAACCAGCGGACAAACCAGCCCAUCAGUACCUUCAUGAUCCAGAUCGCUGUCCUCGCCAACCAUCAGAACGGCAGAGACACACACAUGCGUCAGAUUAAAGUCUACACCCCAGUGGAAGAGAGCUCCAUUGUUCGCCAGGCGUCUCCUGUUAUGACAGAAUCUCUACAACAAGAUGCUUUUUGACUGGCAGGAAAUUCAGUUCUCUGUAGUGUUUUUUUUAAUUGUCAAGACAAAUUGUCAGACAAACUUACAAUUGAAUGUGUUACCUUUAACACCACAACAAAAAAAAAAGUGAUUGACUGUUGAGGGUGAUGCCUGAACCUCCGUCUGUAAACUGGAAUAAUCAUCAGCCCCCUGUUUUGUCUCAUGACGGUGGCUUUUCUUUUUUUUUCAUGCUAUGCCACUGAUGUAUAGUCAGUAUUUUUUUGGAUAUGGUACUUGGAAAAGUACAUUAAAGCUUUUUUAGCUUUAAAAGUUUUAAGUUUUUUUUUCGUUUUUUUUUUGUCAUUGCUACUCCAAAACCAUUAGUCCCCUCUCUGAAUUAUAACUUUAUUUACCUAACCUGAUGACUACUCAAGAUAUUUGUCAGCUAAUAUAACAGUGUAGAUUCUGACAGCAACAUAAAAAAAAUAUAUGAGACUGAAAGACAAGGGUGAGUCAUUGUUACAGGUUUUUGUCACAUGGUACACCGAGGACGUUGAUGGGUCUAAAAUGACUUGGUCUGACACGGGACUCGAAUUUGAUGUCAGCCAAUGAUUGUUUACUGUCUUAACCGGUAUUGCUACAGUCAAACCGGUCCUCCAAGGGCCGCAGUGGGUGCUGGUUUUUAUUUUCAGCCAACUGAGAGGAGGCCCCAUCAAUCAGGUGUCUUGACUCUGUAAUCCGUGGAUUGUCAGUCAGGUGGCGUUUCUUUCAACUGACACCUGAUUGGUUAACUCAUAUGCGCCUGCAGGGUUGGACCAAAAACCACUGCUGUGUCUUUGUGGAUCAGUUUGAUAACCCUGAGUUAGAGUAUAAUGGAACCUGGUUUCUACCUUUCUGGACCUUUAUAGAAAAACAUUAUGUGCAUUUUUACAACCACUUUCUACCAUCACUGACUUCUAUCCUAUUUGGUCACAAUGGAGAAGUAGCACAGCAUCAAAUGUAAUGUCAACGUUUUAUUCAUUUAAUGUGUGAAAAUGUGGAGUGAGCAGCACCUACAUCUCAGAUCAUUUUUUAAUCUCUGAUCAGUUUGUUCAUUUGCAUCUUUGCAUGAAUCAAGUGUUAAAUUAAAUCAAAUAUCUGGUUUGGAAAACUGGUGUAAAAAUAGUGAUCAUAGUUUUUAUUAGAUUAGUUAUAUUAGUUUAUUUGGUUUUUGCCACCUACAAAGGGACAGAUGCCGACGUCUGUUUUUAUUCUUUGUGUGAUGUCGGUCCUAAACUGUCUACUUAUUUUGCCGUGGGUUUUUGUGAAAAUAGUAUUUAAUUCUCAUCGUCAUAGCUAUGUGGCGUUGCUAGUUAUUCACCCUGCGCUCUGUUUCCGUUUAGCCCACUGAUCCACUCAUUCUGCUCUCGGGAGACACACGUCUUUAAAUGAGGCUGUAGUUUAAUAGAUGCGUCUUGUAUUAAUAUUUUGCAUGUCAAUUGAUAAACAACCUAAAUUGUGGUGUCCUGU